UCGUCUCCCCAACUGUUGUAUUACUUCUCCCUUUUCCCAGCACCAGAAGUCUCCAUUAACAAUAAACUCAUUCUCAGUCUCCGUGUAAAACUCGUCACUCUCUGAGCUCCAUCCUUCGGUCAUGGCCUCUCCAUAAACACAUUACGUAACUGCAUGCUCUUCAUCACUAAAAUGAUUCCCCGUUUUACCCCUAUCCGUUUCCCGAUUUGCUCCUCUCUCUCCAAAUCCAAAACCCUCAUCGGAGCCAACCACACAUCUGCUCGCUUCUGCUCUCGCUAACUAAUCAUUUCAUCCGUCCGUACAUUUUUAGGAGAAAGGAAUUUUAGUUUCAUUCAUUCAUUUUUUUUGGAUUGAUUCAUUUUUUUUUUUUUUUUUUUGAAAUUUUUUUUUACACAAACAUGAUGGAGGCCAACGCGGGCAAGCCUAGUUUUCUGAGGAACAUUCUGGUACGGCUGCUUUUAUUCAGUGUUUUAAUCAUAGUCGUUCGAUUUGUUUACGUUGUUACCAUCACUGGUGAAUCAUGCAAUAUUGGCGACUUUUGUUUCUUUUCAUUGCCGGACAAUUUCAACCUGGUUAUUCCCGGUGCCGGUACCGGAGCUUCGGUGAUGGCCGCCAACAAAGUCGUUCGAUCUAAUCCGGCGAGUCUUAGUCGUCAGGAUCUGUACACUAGUAAAGAGUGGAUCAAAGCCGUCCAAUUCUACUCAUCGGUUUUCCAGGAUCUAAUUGCCGAAGGUUAUCUUCAUCCAAACGCCAAGUCGUUGUGCGUGGAAACUCAGUACGGCCAGGAAGUGUAUGCCUUGAAAGAGAUUGGAGUGGAGGACUCGGUUGGAAUUUUUCGGAAAUCGUCGAAGCCGUUGGUAAUUACCGGAGAGGGGCACCGUAUACCGUUCAAAAGUAACACGUUUGACUUCAUCUUUGUUGGUGGGGCCAGACUGGACAAGUCGUCUAAGCCGUUGGAUUUUGCAGCGGAGAUCGUACGGACACUGAAACCCGAAGGAUUUGUGGUGGUCCAUGUGAAGGCUAAAGACACGUAUAGUUUCAAUUCGUUUGUUGAUUUAUUCAAUUCUUGCUGUCGAGUAGUGAAAUCUCGUGAUAUAGAUGGUUUUGAUUCGUCAAUGCCUUAUAUUAGAGAAAUGGUGUUAAAGAAGGAGGGUGAAAUUGAAAAUGAUAUCAUUCUUGGUCACGGGGGGAACAAAUUGAAUCAACCCGAUGGCAAUUCGGAUAAUAAGUGUUCGGUUCCGGGGUAUAAACAAGAAUUAGUCCGGAAGGCGGAACCGCUGAUUCUAGAAGAGCCACUGAAGCCAUGGAUUACUUUGAAGAGAAAUAUAAAGAAUAUAAAGUACUUAACAUCAAUGGCUGAUAUAAGUUUCAAGAACAGAUAUGUGUAUGUUGAUGUUGGAGCUCGGAGUUAUGGGUCUAGUAUAGGGAGUUGGUUUAGGAAGCAAUACCCGAAACAGAACAGAACUUUUGAAGUGUAUGCAAUUGAGGCUGAUAAAACAUUUCAUGAAGAGUAUAAAGUGAAAAAGAAAGUUAAAUUGUUGCCUUACGCAGCUUGGGUGAGGAAUGAGACAUUGUCCUUUGAAAUUAAUCAUGACCCAGGUAAGCAGGUUGAGGUUAAAGGUCGAGGAAUGGGUAGAAUUCAGCCUGUACAAACAUCGUUGUCGGAUGGUGGUUUUGAUGGUGAAGUGGAUAUUAUUCAGGGGUUUGAUUUUGCAGAUUGGUUGAAGAAGACGGUAACGGAGAAGGACUUUGUUGUGAUGAAGAUGGAUGUGGAAGGGACUGAGUUUGAUUUGAUUCCGAGGUUGUUUGAAACUGGGGCAAUAUGUUUGAUAGAUGAGAUCUUUCUUGAAUGUCAUUAUAAUAGGUGGCAGAGGUGUUGCCCUGGUCAGAGGAGUUCAAAGUAUGAGAAGACAUAUGAACAAUGUUUGAAUUUGUUUACUUCUCUCAGACAAAGUGGUGUUCUAGUUCAUCAAUGGUGGUGACCGGUAUUCAUUCUACACAUUCUCUAAAUUUGCCAUUCAUUGCAGACAUCCCCGGAGUUUGACGUUUAAUAUUUUCUUGGUUGAUAAGAACAAAGAUUGGAGAUUGCUUGGUGUUUGGUCUUUUUUAUUGACUUGAAGAAAAACACACCGAACCUGAUUUUUCGUGUUAGAUGGGUGUUCCAUUUCAUUGAAUGAAUAGAUGUUUUUGUACUUGAAUACUACAUAAUUGUUUAACUUAUGAGUUAUUGUGCAUAGAAUUCCACUGGUGGUAUGCAGAACUUAGUGUUGAUCAUGAAAAGUGCAGAGUUUAAGGUAGUACAAAUCUACCAUAUAAAGAUAGGUGCAUGUUGUCGGUUAAAAUGAAAGUAACAGGAACUUUUGCAGCUUUCAAGUGUUUAAAUUCGACAGGAUGGUGUCAAACCUUCCUGAAAUUUACUUAUGAAAGAUUCAUAAUCUAAGAAGACCCAGAAAAAGAAAAAAAAAAAAAACUGAGGAAUGGAGAAAU